AUGGGGCAGCCGCACUUCUCGAGACCGGUAAAUCCAGCUGCUUUCGCUGAAGAGGUGGAUCACCUCCCAACCGAUGCCAGCAUGGGGGUAGACGUUUUGGAAUCGGGUGACACCACACCUCCUACAAAGAGGAAAAGCAAGUUUUCAAGCUUUGGCAAGAUCUUCAAACCCUGGAAGUGGAGGAAAAAGAAAAGCAGUGACAAAUUUAAGGAGACUUCGGAAGUUUUAGAACGAAAGAUUUCUAUGCGAAAGCCAAGAGAGGAGCUGGUAAAAAGAGGGGUUCUGUUGGAAGACCCUGAGCAGGAUGGUGAAGAACCAGACAAGCUGAACCCACCUGCACUGAAGAAUGGCCACACGGUGCCAGUCGGUGGUCCUGGCGUUUGUAACCUGGCCAGCCCAGAGGAAGAGGCCACAAAGCCAUCCAGCCUUAGGAAGCCUGUUCCAGCUGAGGAACCAAAGAGGCAGAGCUCAUCCAGCAGCCACUCUGGGCCGGAACUGGAACCACCUCAGGAGCCGUACAUUCCCAGACAGCCUCUGCUUCCUCCGAAAAGACCUCCUUCCACUUCCCAGGAAGCGAAUGAAGCGCAGGCAAAUGAUCCGACGCCUGCCAGCAGCACUGCAAAAACUGCACCCUCCACCACAGCCCCUGCUGUGGCAAAGACAGUCAAUUCCACAGCUGCCCCUUCCGCAGCCCCCAGGACUCUGCCCCCUGCUCUCACCAGUGCCAACACUACUGCUCCCACAAGUACAACCAGCACAGCUCCUGCCAAACAGCCUCCCGUCCCUCCUCCCAAACCUGUCAACAGAAAUAGCAACUCAGUAAUAGCUGAACUUUCUCAAGCAAUGCACAGUGGUACAGGCUUGUCCAAGCCUUCCCCUCCUCUCCCACCGAAGAGAGGUCUCCUGCCUAACAACACGUCGGAGGCAGCUGUCGCUUCCAAGCCCCCGAAUGACAGGACGGUGGCGGCCAACCGCCCUGCACCCAUACCCGUGCACAUGACCUCUGCUUACCCACCACCCUCGCCUUCGCCGCCGCUGCCCACGCACAUACCCCCUGAGCCUCCACGCAUGCCCUUGCCUGCCUCCACCCCUGUCUUGGACCCUCCACGCUCCUUGGACCUACCCAAAGAGACUCCUCCUCCUCCUCCUCUUCCUCCUGAAGACUUCAGGUCCGUGGAAGUGUCAAAGAGGACAGCAGAGCAAGGGUUCGUUGAACCUCACAUGCUGCCUCGCCUGCCCCAAAUCCCGUUGCACAUCCGUAUCCAGCAGGCUCUGGCCAGUCCGCUGCCCGUCACCCCCCCUGCCGAGGGGUCGCACCGGGCUCACUCGCUGCUCUUCGAGAACGAUGGCUUUGGAGAAGAAAACGGCUCCCUGGGCAGGACGAGGUCCCUGCCCGUCACCAUCGAGAUGCUGAAAGUUCCAGACGAUGAGGAAGAGGAAGAUGAUGACCAGGAAGAGGAGCAGAAUUUGGGUCCCCAUGUGUAUAUUGGAGAUGUGCCCUCUGUCACAGUCAUCCCAAAACUGGUACCCCAGAUCCUGCCAGAGGAGCAGGAAGGAGAUGAAGGGAUGAGCGACUCUGACUCGGAGGGGCCCAUCCUGUACAAAGAUGACGAGGAUGAGGAAGAAGAUGAAAGCCAUAACAGUAAGACUUUGACAUUGCAGCUCAAGGAGGAGUGGAACGAAAUCCGGCACCAGAUUGGGACGACGCUGAUCAGGCGACUGAGUCAGAGGCCGACAGCGGAAGAACUGGAGCAGAGGAACAUACUUCAACCGAAAAAUGAAGCUGACCGUCAAGCGGAGAAGCGAGAGAUCAAACGCAGGCUCACCAGAAAGCUUAGCCAAAGGCCUACAGUGGCAGAGCUGCAGGCCAGGAAGAUCCUGAGGUUUAACGAAUAUGUGGAAGUAACAGAUGCUCAAGACUACGACCGGCGAGCGGAUAAGCCGUGGACAAAGCUAACACCAGCUGACAAGGCUGCCAUCCGGAAGGAGCUGAAUGAGUUUAAGAGCUGUGAAAUGGAAGUUCACGAGGACAGCAAGCAGUUCACAAGGUACCAUCGACCAUAAUCUUCCAAGAAGCGAGCAAGAGACCUGAGAGGACUGGAAGUUCUCUGCAUCCCUCUCCUAGGCAAUACAGCGAGGGUAGAACCUCGGCUCUUCCAAGAUUUGCCUUCAAAACAUAUCCAGAAAAGGGCUUUCGGCCAGGGAAGGGGAAUCCUGUCUGAAUGUAGCGUUUCACUGGAACAAACACGUCUCGAGUGCCAUCAGGCUGGAACUGAACACUAUACCUCGCACGGCUCAGCAAUACGCCUCUGCUCCGGCACCAGCAUCCCUGCCAGGAGAGCACGCACAUGUGAACGAACGGUUCGUUCCCCAGCUCCCUUUCUCAGCCCUGACAGGCCCAGUUCUCAGCUGGACUUACUCCUUUCGAGGGUUCAUCUCCUUCAUUUCCUCCUCCUUUUUACCAAGAGGAGGGGGGGGAAAAACCUGGCAGCUCUGGUGUUGGAAAGCUGAGGAACGGAGAGCGGAUGUGCUAGGAAGCACGUGUGUAUAUUAGCUGUGUACAGAAAACCCUGUGCAGAUGCUGACCUGGCAGACGACUGACACGUGACUCGUAAUUUUUUGGGUUUUGCUUGUGUCU